CGGCUCAAAAUGUCAAUGGAAACCACCGCCCUGUACCUCUCCGUUGCCCUCUUCUUCCUCCUCCUCCUCUCUGCCACCUUCCGCCGGCCCAAAAACUCACCCCCAAGCCUUCCCUCGUUCCCUCUCGUCGGCCACCUCCACCUCCUCAGCAAACCCCUCCACCGAUCCCUCGCCUCCCUAUCUGCUCGCCACGGCCCCAUCCUCUCCCUCCGCUUUGGCUCCCGCCCCGUCCUCCUCAUCUCCUCCUCCUCCGCCGCCGAAUCCUGUUUCUCCACGAACGACGCCGCCUUCUCCAACCGCCCCCGAUUCCUCGCCGGAAAACACCUCGGCUACAACUACUCCACUCUGGUCUGGACCUCCAACGGCCCCCACUGGCGUAACCUCCGCCGCAUCGCCGCCCUCGAGAUCUUCUCCCCAUCCCGCCUCCACUCCAUCUCUGAUAUCAUCUUCCAAGAAGUCGCUGCGAUGGUGAAGGCAUUGGCCUCCGCCGCCGCCGCCUCCGCUAGGAUCGGCGGUAGGGCUAUCGAAAUGCGGCCGAGAUUAUUCGAACUGAAUUUGAAUCUGAUGAUGAAGAUGAUUGCGGGGAAGAAAUUGAGUAAAUCGGAGGAGUUUCGGGAGAUUGUUAGGGAAACAUUCGAGGUGAGCGGGGCGACAAAUUUGGGGGAUUUUAUCCCUCUGCUGAGUUUGUUUGAUUAUAGUGGGGUGGAGAAGAAGAUGAUCAGGUUGCAGGAGAGGAGGGAUUCUUUCUUGCAGGGAUUGAUUGAUGAACGGAGGAGAGAGAUUGAGAGAAUGGAUUCAUCAUCUGGUCGCCAAGGAGUAGCAGCAGCAGGCGCUGAAGAAAGGGGGAGGAAAUGCUUAAUUGAUAAUCUGCUUUCUCUGCAAAAAGCUAAUCCGGAGCAGUAUACAGAUGAAAUUAUCAAAGGUCUUGUGGUGGUUCUCCUAUCCGCGGGCACAGACACGUCAGCCCUAACAACUGAAUGGGCGCUCGCACUUCUCCUCCGCAACCCGACCGCCCUUUCAAAAACCCGCGCAGAGCUCGACAGUCAUAUCGGCACUCGCCGCCUGAUAACUGAAACCGACCUCCCCAAUCUCCCCUACCUCCGAUCCGUCAUCAAAGAGGCCCUCCGCCUCCACCCCGUAGCGGCGCUCAUCCCCGCGCACGAAUCCAACGAAGACUGCACCAUCGAGGGUUUCCACGUGCCGAAAGGUGUGAUGUUGCUCGUGAACUUGUGGGCGAUUAACAGAGAUCCGUCGCUGUGGGAUGAGGCGGAGGAAUUCAGGCCGGAGAGAUGGGAGGGAGGAGAAGGGAUGAAGGGAAAACAGGGGAAGGUUUUCUUCUUUGGGAUGGGAAGGCGGGGGUGUCCUGGAGAAGGGUUAGCUAUGCGGGUUAUGGGGUUGGCUUUGGGGGCGUUGAUACAGAGUUUUGAGUUGGAUGCUGAUGGGGUUGGUGUGGAGGUGGAUCUGGCGGAAGGGAGUGGAGGGCUUUUGAUGCCGAUGGCGAAGCCGUUGAGGAUUUUUUGUAAGAAGAGGGAGGUUGUGGAUCAAUUAGGGUUGGGGAUGUGAUUCGUUGGGGCGUAAAGGGUGGCUGGAUUUGUGCGAGUUGAGCUCAUAUUCAUGUUUGGCUCAAGUGAAAUUUGUGUUGAUGUUUAGUUCGAUUUGUUUAAAUUUGGCUCGAAUUGGUCAGAUUGUGAUCGUUAUGAAUGAAAUUUAUGUUUCGUUCGAUUAGG